UGUGCUGCAUCUCCAGAGCACAGCAGCACACAGGAAAGAUCACAAACCUCCGAGAGGAUCCAGACGCUUUCUGAGAUCACGGAGAGCCAUGAUGCAGUGGCUCUGGUCGGCUCUGGCGCUCCUGCUGUCCCUGCAGCGUGCGCACGGCAGGACGGAGGAGAAGCCGUCGUGCAAACCGGUGAUGGUCAGCUUUUGCGAAGGCGUGGGCUACAACACCUCCAUGCAUCCCAACGGAGUCCAGGGCUACAACCUGCAGCAGAUCGGCCAGGUGGUGGUGACGGGCUGCUCGCCGGACGUCGCCGCGUUCAUGUGCCGCAUGGUCGUACCUGAAUGCAUCGCGGGGCAGGACGGCCGCGCGCAGCCAUGCCGCUCCUCCUGCGAGAGGGUGAAGCGAGCCUGCGAGCCGGCCCUGAUAGACCGAUGGUUAAGCUGGCCAGAGAACAUCAAGUGUGAAAAUUUAGCAGAGACCAACUGUGUGAACGUUCAGGCCUCCAUGCCCCCCACGCCGGCAACCUGCCAGCCAAUCAGCAUCCCUCUGUGCAUGGACUUGCCCUACAGCGACACCGUCAUGCCCAACGCGCUGGGACACCAAACGCAGGACGAUGCGGGUCUGGAGAUCCAUCAGUUCUUCCCCCUCGUGAAGGUGCAGUGCUCGCCUCACCUGCGGCCCUUCCUCUGCUCCAUCUACGCCCCGGAGUGCACGUCGGGCCAGGCGAGGCCGCCCUGCAAGACGCUGUGUGAGCAGGCCCGCUCCGGCUGCGAGCCGCUCAUGAACAAGUUUGGCUUCCAGUGGCCGGAGAGUUUAAAGUGUGACGCGCUUUCAACGGAGUCAUGUGAACACUUUGGAGUGAGCAGCAGCGGCGAGAUGUGCGAGCCGCUCACCAUAUCGAUGUGCGAAGGCCUGUCCUACAACCAGACGAAGAUGCCGAACCUCCUGGGACAACAAAGCCAAAGAGACGCCGCCAUCAAGAUGUCCUUUUUCAACUCGCUGGUGCAGAGCGUGUGCAGAGUGGACAUCCGCUACUUCCUGUGCCUGGUGUACGCCCCCCGCUGCGUGGAGGGCGAACAGCAGAAGCCCUGCAAGUCGCUGUGUGAGAAAUCCAAGCGGGGCUGCGAGGGGCUGAUGAGCAACUUUGGCAUCCAGUGGCCGGAAGAGCUCAACUGCGACUCCUUCCCAGAGGACAUGUGUGUGACGGAAGGCGACAGUCCUGAGCGUCUGCGUGCCGACGGGGUUUUGGCGAAGCUGAACAACCGCGGCUACUCCGUUCACGGCAAAGCCUUGAGUCUGGAGACGGCCCACAUCCUGCUGACUUACAAGGACGAGGACGGCUCCGGCUCCCUGGACGUGGCCGAGUUCUCCAAGCUGGAGCAGUACGUCAGCGUCACCAGGAGGGAGUACCUGGAGAGCUACGAGUGGAGGAACCAGGGCUUCCUCAACGAGCCGCAGAUGAAAAGGGCUCUGCUCGCCCGCGGCAUCACUUUAGACAAGGACAGUUUCAAGGUGCUGUGGCAGCGGUACAGCUCCAGAGGAGGCAUCGACUACGAUAACUUCAUGGCCAUGAUAACAAAACUCCUCAUCCUGAAAGAUCGUUUCGAGGCUCAUCAGGUCAACAUGCCGUGCGACUGUCAGAUCGCCAGCUUCUCCUUCAAGCAGUUCCUCAAAUCAACAAUCAUCUGAAGAUAAAAAGCAGCUUGGUGAACGGGACAAGACCUUUUUUUAUUUUAUUUUAUUUUAUUUUAUUUUAUUUGAUAUGAUAAGUUUUUUAGAAAUUGAAACCACUGUAUGGUUUUAAACCUUUCAUCAUCUUUAUAAUCCAAUUUAUAUUUUACUCAUAACAUUAUGAUUAUUAAGCGCUGAAAGCGGCGUGUCAGGUCAGUUUAAGAAAAAAAAAAUCUUUUAUUACCUUAAAUAUUAGCAGUAAAAUGCAUUUCAGUAUGAAAACAAUAAGACAUAAUAAAAUAAAAUGAAAAAAAAAAAAAAAACUGUAAUAUGCAUAUUUAGCAGAUUUGUAACUGGAUGACAAGCAGAAAGGAAAACCUGCUCUCUCCUUCCUCAGUGUCUGCCCUUGAGCAAGGCACUUCACCCCCAAACUGCUGCAGUGGAUCACGGUUACCCCUCGGUGAAAACCUGCAGACAGAAUCCAGUAAUUCCACCAAAACUCAGGCGCUAAAUUUAUCUUUACAAUCGGCUUACAGUUUCUGUCUUCUUUUGUCUAUAAUAUAAUAAAAGUAUUUAUUCAAUCUUUUUAAUGUUUUACUCAAAGUUUCCAUCACUAAACAGAGUCUCUCUGCAGUGUUGCUUUAAGGUUCUCGCUGUGCUUUAUUUUUUGAGAUUUUUUUUUCAUACAUUAAUGAUCACAUACAUAAAAAAAAA